AUGACUGCAAACGAUGCCGGCGCACCAUCACCGACUCGCGAGCUACCGCCGUGGCGCCAUUCUCGGGGCUCAACACCCAUUUCAAAGACGAUGCCUGCGGUGAUAGACCUUUCAUCGCCGCCUUCAAAGAAUUCCAAAACACCGUAUAAGCCAGAAGGCCCACGAGAGCCCAAACGGCCGCGACUUGCAAAGUCCCAGAUAAGCGACGACGAGAAGCGUUUAGUGGGAGACUUCAGCACUCCUGCUGAUGCCGUCGCGCUUCCCGACCCUCAAAUUUGGAUGACGAGCACAAGUUUUGGCCAAGGAACAAUGAAUAAGAAGCCCGGCUGGAGUAGCAGCUUUCGGCCUGUCAACACCAUCAGCGAUGUCAAUACUGCUGGACGAAGCAAUCAGGUCACAUAUUCCAGGCAGCACCGCCCAUACCCCCCACCAAUAGGCCAGGCGCGACACGCAGGGCAACUAGCCUUCCUUGACCGCACAAAAGGCAAAGUCUCUACAUCUCCUGUGUCUUCACGUGAAAGGCUUGAUCAGCCACUGCGAGGCGUUUCGCCUGCGAAACGCAGGAAGACACAGCACAUCAUAGAUUUAGACGAUGACGACGAUGACGUAGGGACGGAGGCACCACCAUCCAUACCGUACACGCCUGCCGAUACGUCUCACGAUGCGCCGCUCUCGGCAAGGUCUUCGCAGUCACAGGUCAGUGUUGGAAGUGGAAGUACUCUACUAAGGAGCCAGGAACAAUCUCAAUCGAAGAGCGAGUUCCGAGCAACCGACGACCUCGUUAAUUCUCGCCGUAAGAAAACGAGGACUCCAGGCCACUACAGAAGACAAGGUACUCAACGAGGCUCUCCGUUCGGCGGCGGUUCUGUAUCUGGUACCGCUAAGAUACACGUGCCACAGGCGUCAAUCUUAGUGCAUGACGACGAGGGUGCCAGUAGAGAUCAGACCGCACGCCGACUCAUCUUGCAAGACUUUAUACAGGGCGAAGUGGCUCGUUCGAGUGAGGAGAGUGAGUGGCAUCAGCACCCCUCUCGCAAACACAAUACAAAAACAUCUCGCCACUUUCCAAACGCGCGUAUCAAUGAGUCUACGUCGGAACAAAUAACAAACAAUCGUCAAGCUACUGAAAAAGCUACCGAUUUACGCAACCAGUACCGGCCAGCGCCUAGUCCUUCCAUGGACGUUGACAGCAGCGAAGACGAGCUAGCCAUGUCGAACACGAAUAACUCCGCCCGUAAUCGAGAAAAUUUGCCCUCUAAAGCGAAGCAAGCUGCGAAUAGCAGUGUGAAGAGGAAAGUCCCAAGAAGAGAAGUCAGCAAAGGCUGGCCACUGGUCUUUGCGAGGACACGCGAAUACGAGUACUCCUCGGUGAUGGAACAUGGGCGCCCCGAACUCUUCUUGCUCCCAGGACCAGACCCCAACGACUGGCGCAUCACUAUGUACGAUGACACUGACGGAGUGUACGACACGAAAGUUCAGAUACGAACCCGAGAUGUGAAUGUAAUACAGGCGGACGAUAUUAGCCGCAUACGGUUACUAGGACCUCGACAGCAAAACGGAAACCCGCUCAUCUUCGACCUUCAGUUUGCCAAGACGCCAGACUUUCAACUGUUUCGUGAAGAACAUGCACCGUCCUUGACAACGACAGGAAGGAUUUAUACCAAGGAAAGUGACGCUAUGGCCACGAUGUUCAACAGGUUUUUACCGAGGAAUGAUAAGGUUGGUACGUCUGAGUUGGUCCACGAUGACAUAUCUGAAGCAGAAAAUUACAAAGAUGUAAACAAGAUGUCAAGAAUACCGCUCUGGAGUCAAUUGAGAUCUUCCAUCCCAAGUUCGAAUAGCAAUGCAGUAUCAAAUGAAAAUGCUGGCUCUACAACUGCACCCAGUGCCAGAAGGGUAUCAACUCGUCCAACACGAUCGACCAGGUCAUCAGCACCAAAUUAUGACCUCGAAGCCGCAACUGAUUACCGAGAGGUGGAGAAGUUUUCCGUUGUUGUAGGACUGGGUACACGUUGGCCCAAACCUGUUGAAUAUGGCCAUGGACGCCAGCGAGCAGUAGUGCAUUUUGACGAUCUGGCUCGCCUGGACGAGGAAGAAUUCAUGAAUGACAGUCUAAUUGACUUUUAUAUGAUCUAUCUAUUCGAAAAGCUCCACGUUCCGUCCCAGAAGGUGUACUUCUUCAACACGUAUUUCUUCACCCAGCUCACGAAGAACACUGGUCGCCAGUCAAUGAAUUAUAAAACCGUCGAACGAUGGACUUCAAAGAUCGAUAUCUUCAGUUACGACUACAUUGUCGUGCCAAUCAAUGAAGCAACUCAUUGGUAUCUCGCGAUCAUUUGCAACGUGUCGAAUAUCGAUCGGAAGCCAGUGGUUGAAGAUUUCGACAAAGAUUUUGCAGAAGCAUUGGAACACAGUCGAAAGGACCUAGUCGUCCAGACUGAAGCCACUUCUGGUACGCCGCAACUCGUUGAAUCGUCACGUCACUCCAAUGAUGCCGAAGAAGACCAUAACGAACGGACUGAUGACGAACCUAACCUAUUUGACGAGGAGUCAAGGCUCAAUCUAGUUGACCGGGAGGAUACCGGUCCAGACGAUGGAUUGCAAGCAGAGGCUAAGAUUGCACACGUGGCGGAGAGUGAAUCUGAUGCAGAAGUGGUACCCAAGGGUAUCUUUUCCAGCUUAUCCGCAGUGCGUGCGAAGAAGAAGGCGAAGCGGAAAUUCCCACAAGCAAAAAAAGAUCCCAACCAGCCCAUCAUCCUUAUUUUAGACUCCCUUGGUCAGGUUCGCAGCAGUACAGUUCGCGCCCUUAAAGACUGGCUAGCGGCUGAAGGUGAGGCCAAACGUGGCAUGGAGGCGAUAAUCAAGGAGAAAGGCUAUUACCCAAAAGCCUCACAGAUUCCCAGGCAGGACAAUUGGACCGAUUGUGGCGUCUACCUCCUCGGUUAUGUGGAGAAGUUCUUUCAGGAUCCGGACGAGUUUAAGAACAAACUGUUGACUGGGGAAAUGUCGGCGCACGAAGACUGGCCGGAGUUGAAACCAAGAGAGAUGAGGAAAGCCAUGCGCGAGACCAUCUGCCAAAUUGCCGAAGAACAACAGGCUGCAAGGAAAGUGGAAAAGAAGGCGAAGAAAGAAGACUCGAAAGCCAAGGCGUCACCAGCUCCGAUUAAAGAGUCUGUGAAGCUGGAAGCCUCUGAAAAUGUUCCAUCUGGAAGGCCAGAGGUCGGUCUAACAGAGCCUACAAGCUCUGAAACGAAGACACGAGAAUCAAACGCACAACCACUAGUCAAAUUUCCCAAGCCGAGGCUUGCGUCACCCUUCACCUUCGAAUCGCAGUCUGCAGAAGCCAUCGCCCGCUCGCAAACUCCCGAAGCCGUGGUUAAAGUGUCGGAUUCGCCACCGGUUGUCACGUUAUCUGUUCAGCCCGCCAACACGACUCCACCAUCAAAGUGGACUCCAAGACAGAGUCCAAGUAAAACUCCAAGACGAAACAGCCCGGAAGUACGCAUCCCAGGGAAAACACCACAAUCAGUAGAAUCAACACGUAGCGGACGAACGAUUAUGGGUGGCGCGGCUCCUCAAUUCGGGCUUGUUCAUCCACCAAGAAGUGCAUCCCGCUCGUUGAGUCCAUCCAGGAGACUGAGGCAGGAUGAAAACGAAAGUCAGCUCAGACUACCCGUUGCGAAGAGACAGCACACCAGGUCUCCGCAGCAACAGAAGGGACAUGGCAUAGAGCGGUCUAGUCCCCUGGUGACAGGCAGUCGAGAGGGCAGCGAAGGCCAACCCAUCACAAUCGAGGACUCACAGGAGGUGAAGCCAGUGGCCAUUGACUGUUCUAAGCACCAGCCAACCAGUUCGCCCUCCCGGCGUAAACCACCAACAAGGUCUCCUCGUCGCCCACAGGUACUUCGACACUCACCGUCCGUGGAGGAAAUUCUACCCUCAAUCCCUCGCGCCGCACAACGAAAACAUGACCCAGGUGAUCAGCAUUCCGCUGGCCAGAAGCUGGAGACUAAUGCAUCUCCACCGGAGGUUACGAUUAAGGAGACACCGAAGGCCAUUCGAAGCAGCCCGCGUUCACAAAAAGACAAUUCACGUCCACGUUGA